GAUGGUGUUCUGAAUAAUAUCGUCAAGUGAUGGAUUCCUAUAAAUACGCAAUGUCUGCUGGGAGAAAACAGCUUUCUCUUCACCAGACUUUGAACAUUUCAAAGAUUUCCAACUGCUCAGAAUGGUCAUCUUAGUCAGCCUAGGACUCAUGCUGGUGGUGACUCAAGUUAAGUCCGCUGCCUACGUGAACGACUGGGACAAGCCUUUCAAUUUCAACUGUCCGACCGGACAGAUUUUAUCUUUUGUGUCAAGUAUCAACGACAACUAUUAUGAAGACAGGCGCUGGGAACUCUUCUGUCGCACAGUGGGAUACACCAAAGAUUGUGUCAAAAGUGAUUACGUCAACACGUUUGACAACCCCGUGACCUUCACCUGUCCAGGGGACAGCGUCAUCACCGGCAUCGAGAGCUACCAUGACAACCACUACGAAGACAGACGAUACAGGUUUCAGUGCUGCACAGUCUCCAAGAGGGUGCCAUCUGACUGCUACACCACCGAUUACGUCAACGACUGGGACGGCAAGCUGACCCUCUUCGUGCCAGAAGGUCAAGGAAUCAAAGGGGCCAUGAGUGAGCACAACAACUAUUACGAGGACAGACGCUGGAGAUUCACUCUGUGCACUGUUUGAUUUCGUCCACAAAUUACAAUGAUAGAUGUCGAUCUAUGGCUUUAAGUUAUUGAAGAUUGAAUUGUAAACGAAGUCAAAUUAUAAUUAUGGGAAAAUAAAUAUAUGUAUCUGAAA